UGUACUUAGGUACAGUACUUGUGUUGAGUAAAUGUAGCCUACUUAGUUACUCUCCCCUGCUUCUCUUCAUCCAUCAAUGUUCUCCAUCACUGGUUAUUAGCAAUUUACUCUGUGACCUUGCUUCGCGCUUUCUGGCACCACGCGCUUGCCGUAGUUGUCAGUGCGGACUUGUACUCUCCUCCUUGACUCGGGACGAAUGAAAGAAGAUGUUUGUUUUUGUGUGGCGGUAUUAAGGCAUCUUUAAACAUGUCUCUUAAUGGAGGGGGAAGCAGAGGAUUUUACUUCAACACCGUCUUGUCUUUGGCACGGUCGUUGGCAGCUCACCGGCAGGCGCCGAUAGAGAAGGUCCAGAAGCUACAAUGCAUGUGCCCCGUGGACUUCAGAGGAGUCUUCCAGCUGGAUGAGAGGAGGAGAGAUGCUGUCAUUGCACUCGGCAUCUUUCUGGUGGAGUCAAACCUGCAGCACAAAGAUGCUAUUGUCCCCUACCUUCUUGGGUUGCUUAAAGGGCUUCCUAAAGUCCAGUGGAUUGAAGAAAGCUCAGAACGCAAAGGAAGGGAGACCCUCCCUGUCGCAGAGAACUUCACCUUUGGUCUUGUGACACUGCUCUCAGACGUUGCCCAACGUGAUGAGACCUUACGAGGACAGAUCCUGGAGGCGGUCAUGGACAUCAUGCAGAUCCUGCAAGAUAUCUGCAAGAAUCCAGAAGUUCAUGAUAAAGAAUACCUGUGCAGGUACACUGUGCCCACCCUGCUCGGUGUUGCCCGCUUUGGCCGCUACAGCAACACUGACGAGCCGCUACUGUCCAAGCUGUUCCCUCGACCGGUUACUCCCGUGCCGCCUACGGCCGAUGAUAGUGAUGGACCGCACCGCCGGUCCUUCAAUGACUUCCGCUCCAUCCUGCCGAGCUCUUUGCUCACGGUGUGUCAGGGAGACACUCUGAGACGUAAAGGCACCAGUCAACAGGCCAGUCCAGAGAGAGCCUGUCUGACCCCCAUCUCCCCUGCUGACCCCUCUGCACAGUACUUUGAAGGUUCAUACCUCCCUGAUGGCAGCGCAGUGGACCCUGAUUACUACUUCUCCACCAUCAGCUCCAGCUUCUCUGUCUCACCUCUUUUCACUGGAAGCAGCUCUGGAGAGUUUCAUGUCCCUCUGGAUAUGCUCAGACAGACCCUUCACAUGGUUGAACAUUUUGUCUCCGAGUCGUUUUUAAAAUCUCUGGAUGAGUCCUUGGCAGAACUUCUAGAGUUGAAUCCUGGGCUUCAUCUCUACUACAAAACCUUCAGUGAUCCUCUGUAUGUAGCGAUAUUCAAAAUGCUGAGAGACACGCUGUACAAUUUAAAAGACCUUCAGACAGACUACGUGAAGGAGGUUCAUGACUUUGUGCUGGAGCAGUUUAGCAGCAGCCAGUCGGAGCUGCAGAGGAUCCUGCAUGAUGUCGAGUACCUCCAGAGUGAACUGAGCCCACUCAAACUGCGCUGUCAGGCCAACGCUGCCUGUGUGGACCUCAUGGUGUGGGCUGUUACUGAAGAGCAAGGAGCUGAGAACCUUUGCACUAAACUAUCCGAGAAGCUGCAGUCCAAGACGUCCAGUAAAGUCAUCAUCGCUCACAUGCCGCUCCUCAUUUGCUGCUUACAGGGAUUAGGUCGUCUGUGUGAGCGCUUUCCUGUGGUGGCCCACUCUGUCACCAUGUCGCUGAGAGACUUCUUGGUGGUGCCCUCUCCUGUUCUGGUGAAGCUGUACAAAUACCACAGCCAGUACACUACAGGGGCUGGUGAGAUAAAGAUCCAUGUGACCAACGAACAUUCCCAGUCAACCCUCAGUACCCAUUCGAACAAGAAGAGCCAACCCUCCAUGUACGAACAGCUGCGGGACAUCUCCAUCGAUAACAUCUGCAGGUGCCUGAAAGCCGGACUGACUAUGGAUAAUGUCAUUGUAGAAGCUUUCCUCGCCAGUCUGUCUAACCGUCUCUACAUCUAUCAGGAAAAUGAUAAGGAUGCUCACCUGAUCCCAGACCACACCAUCAGGGCUUUGGGUCACAUCGCUGUGGCCUUACGGGACACCCCCAGAGUAAUGGAGCCCAUCCUCCAGAUCCUACAGCAGAAGUUCUGUCAGCCUCCCUCCCAGCUUGACGUCCUCAUCGUAGACCAGCUUGGCUGCAUGGUCAUCACAGGCAAUCAAUACAUCUACCAGGAAGUUUGGAAUUUGUUCCAGCAGAUCAGUGUGAAAGCCAGCUCCAUGGUCUACUCUAACAAAGACUACAAGGACCAUGGAUACAGACACUGUUCCUUGGCUGUGAUAAAUGCUCUGGGUAAUAUAGCAGCGAACCUCCAGUCUGAGCAGAUGGUGGACGAGCUGCUUGUCAACCUGCUGGAGCUUUUUGUCCAACUGGGUCUGGAGGGGAAGAGAGCCAGUGAGAGAGCCGCAGACAAAGGCCCAGCUCUGAAGGCGUCAAGCAGUGCCGGAAACCUCGGUGUCUUAGUUCCAGUUAUUGCAGUGCUGACUAAGAGGUUGCCACCAAUUAAAGAAGCAAAGCCGCGUCUGCAGAAGCUCUUCAGGGACUUUUGGCUCUACUCCGUUGUCAUGGGAUUUGCUGUGGAGGGUUCAGGUUUAUGGCCAGAAGAAUGGUAUGAGGGAGUUUGUGAGAUUGCAACCAAAUCACCACUGCUCACAUUUCCCAGUGGGGAACCUUUACGCUCAGAGCUGCAGUACAACUCCGCUCUGAAGAAUGACACUGUCACUCCGGCGGAGCUGAAUGAUCUGCGUAGCACCAUCAUCAACCUGCUGGAUCCUCCUCCUGAGGUGGCUGCACUCAUCAACAAACUGGACUUUGCCAUGUCCACAUAUUUGCUGUCUGUUUACAGAUUGGAAUACAUGAGGAUGCUGCGCGCUCUGGACUCUGACCGCUUUCAGGUCAUGUUUCGAUACUUUGAAGACAGAGCAAUACAGAAGGAUAAAUCUGGCAUGAUGCAGUGUGUGAUUGCUGUGAGCGACAAGGUUUUUGAGGUCUUUCUGCAAAUGAUGGCAGAAAAACCAAAAACCAAAGCCCAUGAGGAGGAGCUGGAACGUCACGCUCAGUUCCUCUUGGUCAACUUCAACCACAUCCACAAGAGGAUCCGCAGAGUGGCUGACAAAUAUUUGUCCGGCCUGGCUGAAACUUUCCCCCACUUGUUGUGGAGUGGCCGUGUGCUGAGGACCAUGUUAGACAUCCUGCAGACGCUUUCCCUCUCACUCAGUGCAGACAUUCAUAAAGACCAACCUUAUUACGACAUCCCAGACACGCCACACAGAAUCACUGUCCCAGAUACAUACGAAGCCAGAGAGAGCAUAGUGAAGGAUUUUGCUGCACGUUGUGGAGAGAUCCUUAAAGAAGCAAUGAAGUGGGCGCCAUCUGUGACCAAAUCUCACCUCCAGGAGUAUCUGAACAAACAUCAGAACUGGGUGUCGGGUCUCUCCCAGCACACAGGCCUGGCCAUGGCUACAGAGAGCAUUCUGCACUUCGCCGGUUACAACAGACAGAGCACCACACUGGGGUCCACUCAGCUGACUGAGAGACCAGCCUGUGUGAAGAAGGACUACUCUAACUUCAUGGCCUCCCUCAACCUCAGGAACAGAUACGCUGGAGAGGUAUCGGGUAUGAUGCACUUCUCCCAGGCAGUUCGAGGACAGACCGAUCUGAGCCAAAUAGUGAUCAAGCAGAUGGGGGAGGCUUUAGACUCUGCACAGCCUAAGGGCUUCACUGAGGCCAUGUUCAAACUGGCUGCGUUGCUCAUCAGCACCAAAGACUGUGACCCUCAGCUCCUGCACCACCUCUGCUGGUCUCCUCUCAAGAUGUUCACAGCACACGGCAUGGAAACAGCUAUCGCUUGCUGGGAGUGGCUGCUGGCAGCUCGUGUUGGAGUGGAAGUGCCGUUUAUGCGAGAGAUGGCGGGAGCGUGGCAGAUGACCGUGGAGCUUAAGAUGGGCUUGUUCUCCGACGCUCAGGUGGAGGCUGAUCCUCUGGCUGCAUCAGAGGAAAGUCAGCCUGCCCCCUGCCCUCCAGAUGUUACCCCUCACCAAAUAUGGAUCGAGUUUCUAGUCCAGAGGUUUGAGAUAGCAAAGUACUCCAGCGCAGAUCAAGUGGAGAUUUUUGGCAGUUUGCUACAACGCUCGCUGUCGCUCAACGUCGGUGGGGCUAAGGGUAGCCUCAACCGCCACGUAGCUGCCAUUGGGCCUCGUUUCAGGCUGCUGACUCUGGGUCUGGCUCUGCUCCACUCUGAUGUCCUCACCAAUUCAACUGUAAGAAAUGUGCUCCGAGAGAAGAUCUAUUCUACAGCCUUUGAUUACUUCAGCGCUGCUCCAAAGUUCCCAACACAAGGUGACAAGCAUCUCCGCGAGGACAUCUGCACCAUAAUCCGUUUCUACGCCAGCAUCCUGUCCGACAAGAAGUACCUGGCAGCAUGCCACUUGGUACCCCCUGAUAAUCAGGACCCGUCCCUGAACAGUCUGUCAGUGAUGAACGCUGCUGACCUCAGGAGCAGCAUGGACUCAAGCGCUCGCUCCCAGCAGAGCAGCCAGGGAUGGAUCAACACCUACCCGCUGUCCAGUGGCAUGUCAACCACCUCCAAGAAAUCCGGCACGUCCAAGAAGAGUAACAGAGGGACGCAGCUUCACAAAUACUACAUGAAACGCAGGACUCUGUUGCUGGCCUUACUGGCCAGUGAGAUCGAACGGUUGACGACGUGGUACAACCCUCUCUCCGCUCAGGAGCUGGCCAUCGCCACGGAGCAGUCAGUGGAGACCAGCAUCGCCAACUGGAGGUCCAAAUACAUCAGUCUGACUGAGAAACAGUGGAAGGACAAUGUGAACCUGGCCUGGGGUAUCGCACCCUACCUGGCUAUGCAGCUACCAACAAGGUUUAAGAAUGAUGCCAUUGUUUCUGAAGUGACCCGGCUGGUGAGACUGGACCCCGGAGCUGUCAGUGAUGUACCCGAGGCUGUCAAGUUCCUGGUGACGUGGCACACUAUUGAUGCCGACUCUCCUGAGCUGAGCCACAUCCUGUGUUGGGCUCCAGCAGACCCGCCCACUGGUCUCUCCUACUUCAGCAGCAUGUACCCUCCUCAUCCUCUCACCGCUCAGUACGGGGUUAAGGUGCUGCGCUCCUUCCCUCCAGAUGCCAUCUUGUUCUACAUUCCUCAGAUUGUUCAGGCUCUCCGUUAUGAUAAGAUGGGUUAUGUGAGAGAGUACAUCCUGUGGGCAGCCCAGAAGUCUCAGCUUCUCGCCCACCAGUUCAUCUGGAACAUGAAGACCAACAUCUUCAUGGACGAGGAGGGACACCAGAAAGACCCUGACAUCGGGGAGCUGUUGGAGCAGAUGGUCGAGGAGAUCACGGGUUCUCUGUCGGGUCCAGCCAAAGACUUCUACCAGAGAGAGUUUGACUUCUUCAACAAGAUCACCAACGUGUCCGCCAUUCUCAAGCCUGUUCCAAAGGGAGAGGAGAGGAAGAGGGCCUGUCUCAAAGCUCUGUCGGAUAUCAAAGUCCAGCCAGGCUGUUACCUACCGAGUAACCCUGAAGCCAUAGUGCUGGACAUCGACUACAAGUCUGGAACUCCCAUGCAGAGUGCUGCCAAGGCGCCCUAUCUGGCCAAAUUCAAGGUGAUGCGUUGUGGAGUGAGUGAACUGGAGAGGGAGGGUCUCCGCUGUCCCGCGGAUUCUGUGGAUGAAGGAGAGGAGAAUCCAGACGGAUCACGCAGGAUUUGCUGGCAGGCUGCCAUCUUUAAAGUGGGAGACGACUGCAGACAGGAUAUGCUCGCUCUGCAGAUCAUCGGUCUUUUUAAGAACAUCUUCCAGCUGGUGGGCUUGGAUCUGUUUGUAUUCCCCUACAGAGUGGUGGCCACUGCACCGGGGUGCGGCGUGAUCGAGUGCAUCCCAGACUGCAAGUCCAGAGACCAACUCGGCAGACAGACGGACUUCGGGAUGUACGAUUACUUUCGCAACCAGUACGGAGAUGAAUCCACCCUCGCCUUCCAGAAGGCUCGGUAUAACUUCAUCCGCAGCAUGGCCGCCUACAGCCUUCUGCUGUUCCUGCUGCAAAUCAAAGACAGACACAAUGGCAACAUCAUGCUGGACAGCAAGGGCCACCUCAUCCACAUAGACUUUGGCUUCAUGUUUGAGAGCUCUCCCGGAGGGAACCUGGGCUGGGAGCCGGACAUCAAGCUGACCGACGAGAUGGUGAUGAUCAUGGGAGGCAAGAUGGAGGCCACGCCUUUCAAAUGGUUCAUGGAGAUGUGCGUCAGAGGAUAUCUGGCUGUACGACCCUACAUGGAUGCAGUGGUUUCUCUAGUGACCCUCAUGCUGGACACUGGGCUGCCAUGCUUCAGAGGACAAACCAUCAAACUCCUCAAAGGACGGUUUAAUCCUCAAAUGAGUGAGAAAGAAGCCGCAGCGUUCAUCAUUAAAGUCAUCCAAAGCUGCUUCCUCAGCAGCAGGAGCAAAACGUACGACAUGCUGCAGUAUUACCAGAACCAAAUUCCUUACUGAAAGUCUUGUGCCGGACCUCCACUGUACGUCCAAUACAAACGUCUCCACAACUGCAAUGCAAAACUUCUUUUGGAUGAUUUUAAUACGGCGGCGGAUGCAUUUUCCAUGCGCGUCCUGCCGUUUCUGUACUCCUGUGUGAGACAACAAUAUGGCACUUUGAUCCUUAUGCUCUGAUCUUAUUCAGCAUACUGUAAGUUUUUUGGAUUUUAUAAUGUACUUCUAUGUUUUAAAGUACGUCUUUAUUUUACUUGAUAGUAAAUAACCAUGUUCAACUUUAACCAAAAGAGGUAUUUGAAUCACCCUUUAAGUAUUUUCUUCUUGACGCUGUUAUUUGUUACUAACACUAACUAGAGGAAGCCGAUUUAUAGUGUUUGUCAAAGCCGCUGUUGUCAUUGUUAUCAUUUUGUUUCUAUGCUGUUAUCCACUUUUAUGCACUUUAUAAAUCACAGUAUUUCAUCGGCUUCUCCUGCCUAUGAUCACGAGCUUAAACAGAGAUUAUAAAUCAGAAAUCGGUGAUUUAAAAGCGUUCUGCAGUUUAAUCGACUGAUUAAUAAAAUCGCAGUGUUUUUUGAUUUAGUAGAAUACGAGCCGGUAGUUGGAUCAAGAAUCAAUCAGCAUUAAUCUAACGGUAGUCUUUAGGAAUGUAAUGGUAGAGAAUCAAAACGUUAUUAUGCUGUAGUAUUUACUGUUGAAUCACAUCAACAUCGCAGGUUUCGUUCUGUGAUUUACGUGGAACUUGUAGAGUUAUAUGUGAAGAAGAUUUUAAUAACUGCUGCUUUGAUGCUUAUCCUAAAAGCCAGUCAUGUCUCACAUAUUAAUCAGUCAGCUUUAGCCUACAUUGGUCAUGUAGACGGGAAUCUAUCGCCCCGCAGCAUGAAGUUUUAAGAACCUGUCCAGCAUCGGUGCGAGGUUCGGACUUUUGUUUCCACUGUGUUUCACAAACCGGGUCGUUUUGAUAUUACCUCAUUAAAAAGACAACAUUUGUAUUUGCUGUUUGUCAGGAAUAAACGGCUUUUCGUGUAUUACCAUUACGUUCAAGUCACAGAACUAAGCAUCUGAUGUUCUGAAAGAUUCAUUUUCAAAAAGUAAAAACACACUUAUUAUAACCAUCUGGAUUGAAAUGCAUUUAGUCUGCUUUACCAAUUGAAAAGAUUUAAACCUGUUUCUUUUGCUAAUCCAAACAAACAUGGUGGCUGGAAAUUAAAUAUGAUGUCGCUCAAUGUGAACCUAAAUAUUAUGAUUACAUAUAGUGGUAGAAAUUGAUGUUGAUUUCCAGUUACCUGGAUUUGUAAAUAUAGAAACAAAAAAUAGUUUUUUUACGGUGCAACAGAUCUUUUCAUCCGAAUGGCUAAAAACGUUUUUAAGGAUUCUGGAAACCUCUUCAGCCAUGUUGGUUUGUCCACCACUUUGAUCCAGAAUGAAUUAUCUUGGCAAUUAUGAAAUGGAUUAUUAUCCUCAGAUCGCAGCGUGUUUAUUUCUUCCAGAAAAUCAAAUGCUCAGCUUUAUGACUUGAAUGUGACGGUUUCUCUCUCUCUGGAGCCACACGAGGCUUCAUGCUCCCAAAGACCUGUUGUGUACAAUCAAUGGGAGUUCCCCUUUUAAUAAUCGCCGUGUCAUCUACCCUUCAUGAGAGACCUCCAGACUUUGCUUCAGAGUCACCUCCUGAGCAGCUUAACAGUGGAAAUAAAAGCAGAACCGGUGACAAGUGGCUUCAUGUGAAGUUCCUGUAUUGAAAAAGGACUUCAGGAGAGAGAUGACCGCUGCAACGAUUAGUCGAUCAACAGAAGAAGAAUCACCAACCAUUUUGAUAAUUGAUUAAUCGUUAAAGUAAUUUUUCAUGCAAAAAUAUCCUCUCGAAUAUGUAAUAGAGAUUUCAUCCUUUUCUCUGUUUUAUAUAAUGUUAAACUGAAUAUCUUUAAGACAUAUAAAGACAUCACCUUGGAAUAUGAGAAACUAUAUUCGGACGUUUUACAGACCAAACGAUUCAUCUAGAAAAUAAUCUGCAGAUUAUUCGAUGAUGAAUUGUUAGUUGCGUUCCCGGCUGACGGCACAAAGGGAGGACCAGGAGCUCACUGACUGCUCUAUAUCAGAUUUAUUGUCCUGUCUAAUACAAUGUGUUUACAGUACAUGUGACCCUGUUUAGAAACAUUCCUCUUUGUGUAUCUGAGUAGACUCGAAUCUCUUGGGUUGUGUUUUGGACGAUCGUGCUUUUACGGAUGCAGAUGAUGAUGAUACCUAAAAAGCCAUUUCUCCUACCCUUAGGUAGAAACACAACUGUAGUAAUACUUGACAAACGAACCUUACCUUAUGCAAUAUAUCCGUGUAUAUCGAUGCUGUAUUUGUGUGUUGCGUUCAACAAAUGAACUUGCUAUAAUUCCCUCCAUCCUGAUCCUUGAGUGAGAAGUGUUUCUCUGACUUACUGUCGUUACAGUAUUUACUUAAGUACUUGUUUGAUAGCUUAUAAAAAGAGAGUUGACGCUGCUGUGAUUAACUCCUUUACAAAGCCAUUUUAAUGUAGUGGAUUAUAUUCAGUUGCUGUAUUUUAAAUAAGUUAGUCAUCGCUUAUGUCAAUCAGAUAUGUAAUAUAUAAAUGUAUGUGUGCCGUUUUUUGUUUGUAUUUGCUCAGUUUGUGGCGACAUCAUUGCCGGUUCAGAUGAGAUCCCAUCUGUUGUUCUGAUCAUGUGAAAACUUCUUAUUUCCAGAUUAAAUGUGUGAACAUUUCAACAGUCA